CUGCAUCAGUGCUAGCCAUAACUGGAUAGGUCGGAUACAGACAGUGGGUCUGCAUCUAGGUAGAUAUAAUUACAGAAAUAUGACCGAAACCAAGCCUGUCAGCCAGUGGGUAUGAUACAUCAACUGGCGAGAAAUACGGGCAACUAGACUCUAUGUUCUUUCUAAGGCGAUAUGUGUGUGUGUGUGUGUUUUGUUGUUUCUUUGUUUUCCAUGUAAAAACUAAACCGAAUCACAUUUCGCUUAGAAUGGCUAUUACGGGCCUCACAUGUCAAUAGCGGUUACCUCUAGUAUAAAAGCAGGCUUUCCGCGCCAAAAUUAGACCGAUUAAAAUUCUCUGUUCAAACUGACUGUUUGCUUGUAUAUUAUGGCGCUGAGACGAGUUUGUGUGUUUGUGAUGGGAGUGUUGGCGAAGAUACAGCAGUGGUUUGGUUGCGGAGAGACUGCAGAGGUAGCGGAGGUAGCAGCGGAGGCCGGGAACUUCCAGGGAGGUGUGGAGGACUUUUUUCCUGCUGAGGUCUUCAGGGGUGAGCCACAGGCCAGUGGCGAGGAGGUUAUCAUGGUUGUAGACGAGACCGAGUCGUUGGAUGAGGUCCCUUCUGUCAACCAGGUACCAGAGGUGGACCCUGUGGUGCCAGCCCGUCUGACUUCUUCUCUUGGGGAACGGGAGGAUCCUCAGUUUGCUGUGUCGGCUCAGCCUGAGGCAGGACCAGUUGAGGAUCCUGUACCAGAUGUGGCUCUGGUUCUUCCUGAGGUGAGUCCUGUUAUGCAGCGGUUGAUUUGGUUCUUCUGAUUAUAUUUUUUUUACAAAUAUAUAUACUUUCAAAUGCAUCUAUACUUGAUUUACAUAUUAAUUUUCAUCUUUAGUCAGUAUAUACUUGUUCUUUUACAUAUUUGUUUUGUUUUCAGUUUUUGGUGUUAGUUUUAUUUUGUUUUCAGUUAAUUGUGUUGGUUUUAUUUUGUUUUCAGUUUUUGCGUUGGUUUUGUUUUGUUUUCAGUUUUUGUUUUUGUGUUAUGUUUUGUUUUCAGUUUUUGUGUUGGUUAUGUUUUGUUUUCAGUGUUUGUUGUUUAUUUACAUAUUAAUUUUCAUCUUUAGUCAGUAUAUACUUGUUCUUUUACAUAUUUGUUUUGUUUUCAGUUUUUGGUUUUAGUUUUAUUUUGUUUUCAGUUAUUUUAUUUUGUUUUCAGUUCUUGCGUUGGUUUUGUUUUGUUUUCAGUUUUUGUUUUUGUGUUAUGUUUUGUUUUCACUUUUUGUGUUGGUUAUGUUUUGUUUUCAGUGUGUGUUGUUUAUUUACAUAUUAAUUUUCAUCUUUAUUCAGUAUAUACUUGUUCUUUUACAUAUUUGUUUUGUUCAGUUUUUGGUGUUAGUUUUAUUUUGUUUUCAGUUAUUGUGUUAGUUUUAUUUUGUUUUCAGUUAUUGUGUUGGUUUUAUUUUUUUUGUUUUCAGUUUUUGCGUUGGUUUUAUUUUGUUUUCAGUUAUUGUGUUGGUUUUAUUUUGUUUUCAGUUUUUAUGUUGGUUAUGUUUUGUUUUCAGAUUUUGUGUUGGUUAUGUUUUGUUUUCAGUUUGUGUUGUUUGUUUAUUUAAUACUAUUGAAACACAAGUUUAUAUACUUUAAAGUGUAAUAUUUACUUGAAUUUAACAUUUACUUUAUCGUUUAAAAUUCACUUUAUCGUUAGUCAGUAUGUACUUUCUUUGUUCACAUUUUAUUUAUUCUUUUACUUGAAUUAUAUGUUGGUAUAAGUAACUUCAUUUAAAAUGCUUUUAUAAGGCCAUAUUGUAAAAAUGAUAUGUUGUUUUUAUAAUCUGUUGUCAUUAUCAGAAGUAAAAGUUCAGCAUCACUUGCCCAGAGGUAAAAGUUCAGCCAUCAGCUUGCCCAGAAGUAAAAGUUCAGCAUCACUUGCCCAGAAGUAAAAGUUCAGCAUCACUUGCCCAGAAGGUAAAGUUCAGCCAUCAGCUUGCCCAGAAGAAAAUGAGGUUCAGGAAAAAUGUGUUACGUCACUUAUCAGCACUGUAAUAUAAAGAUCUCUGUUAUACUUUCAACUUUAAAUAGGGUAAAUACGUUCUUGAUUAUUCUGUGUGUAUUUUAGUAUUUUGUUAUGUACAUAUAUAUAUAUAUAUAUAUACACUUUCAAAUGCAUCUAUACUUGAAUUACACAUUAAUUUUCAUCUUUAGUCAGUAUAUACUUGUUCUUUUACAUGUUUGUUUUGUUUUCAGUUUUUGGUGUUAGUUUUGUUUGGUUUCAGUUUUUGCAUUGGUUUUGUUUUGUUUUCAGUUUUUGUGUUGAUUAUGUUUUGUUUUCAGUUUUUGUGUUGGUUAUGUUUUGUUUUCAGUUUUUGUGUUGAUUAUGUUUUGUUUUCAGUUUUUUUGUUAAUUAUGUUUUGUUUUCAGUGUGUGUUGUUUAUUUAAUACUAUUGAAACACAAGUUUAUAUACUUUAAAGUGUAAUAUUUACUUGAAUUUAACAUUUACUUUAUUGUUUAAUUUACUUUAUCGUAAGUCAGUAUGUACUUUCCUUGUUCACAUUUUAUUUAUUCUUUUACUUGAAUUAUAUGUUGGUAUAAGUAACUUGAUUUAAAAUGCUUGCCCAGAAGUGAAAGUUCAGCUAUCAGCUUGCCCUGAAGAAAAUGAGGUUCAGGAAAAAUGUGUUACGCCACUUAUCAGCACUGGUGGACAGAGUAAAGAUUACAGGUUUACAAAAAUUGAAGUAGAGGUAUGUAUAUGUCUUUUUUUUCUUAGUUCGGCUAUUCUUUCAGUUGUUUUGAUAUAUAAAUUUCCUAUUGUACUGGUUAUACACCUAUAUUUUUUAUAUUAUCUAAGGCUAUAUUGUAGAACGGAUAUGUUGUCUUUAUAACCUAUUGUCAUUAU